AUUAGCAAGAUGGGCUCUUAUGCUCAGUCAAUACGACUACACAAUCGAGUAUCGUGAAACGUCAAAGCAUGGCAAUGCGGAUGCCCUGAGUCGCCUACCGGCAGAAUCCGACCCCAACUUUGACAGAAAGGAAAGCGAUAGUGACAUCAACACGGUAUGUCUCAUCAACACUAUCAGCACUCAGAUCAAUUCCGGCGACCAGAACAAACUUCGAAAGGAGACCGCCAAGGAUCCAGUCAUAACCGAAGUUUUGAGAUACGUUAGAGAAGGGUGGCCAAAACAAGUUUCAGACUUACUCAAGGAUUUCAAGACAAAGGAAAACUCACUGACCACUAUCAACGGAUGCCUAAUGUAUGGAAAUCGCGUAGUGAUACCGCGAAGUCUACAACCGGAAGUGCUAAAAAUCCUACACGAAGGACAUUUUGGUAUGCAACGAAUGAAGCAACUUGCUCGGACAGCAGUCUAUUGGCCAAGAAUCGAUGCCGAUAUUCAAGACACUUGCCAUCGGUGCACAGCUUGUGCCGAACACCAGAACAAGCCUGCAAAAGCAGCAAAUCACCCGUGGAUGUUACCGGAAAAGCCGUGGAGUAGAGUACACGUUGAUCAUGCCAUUGAUUUUAUGGGACACAAUUGGCUUGUCGUUGUGGAUUCAUAUUCCAAGUACCCGUGUAUUCACCCCACCAGCUCAACUUCUACCAAGUCAACAACACGAUUACUUGAGGAAGAUUUCGCACAUUUUGGAUAUCCUCAUGCUCUUGUGUCUGACAAUGCUACUAGCUUCACGUCACAAGAAUUCAAGACUUGGUGCCAAGAGAGAGGAAUUGUUCAUUUGACUGGCGCACCAUAUCACCCAGCCACCAACGGUGCCGCUGAGAGGCUAGUACAAACGUUCAAAAAUUCCCUCAAGAAGUCCAGUAAACCACCCAGGGAAGCUCUCCAGGAGUUCCUUAUGCAAUACCGGCGAUCACCAUUACCAAGUGGCUACUCUCCCAGUGAGCUGCUCAACAACAGGUUGAUCAGAGCCAAAAUCGACACAUUGGUGCCAUCACCUGCUCAUGAGGCACAAGGUCGUCAGGCUAGGGAAGCCACGAAGUCACAGGCGAAGGAGUUCCAGAACGCUGUUCACAAGGUUAACAAUAAUUACUAUCAAGUGGGUAGACCGUGCUACGCUCUCUACUGUGGACCACGUCGCACCAGCGAUCCAAGAUGGGUUCCAGCUACAGUAAUUCGAGUGCACGGCUCACGAAGCGUGAACGUGAAAGUACACCCACGAGGGCCAAUCUGGCGGCGGCACAUCGAACAGCUGAGACCACGCUAUGGUGUAGAAGAAGACACAGAUCCAGGUACAGACCCAGGGGAUCUUAUACACGUGCCUUCACCAACCCUUCAACCAGAUGUUGAAACCAACAGCCAGGAAUGUCAACCAAGCGCACCUCAAUAUGGACCGGGCAACCCUCGACGAUCUACAAGGAUUCGUAAACCAAAGAAGGUUUGGAAUUGCUGACGUCUUGUCCACCUUCAUAAGAUCGAGUUCAAGACUAAAGGGGGAGGUGUUCUGGAAACUUCCGGAACAUUGACACGUAGUAGCUAUAACCAGUUAGUUCCGGUACUAGGUAGUUAUCUUAGCUCUCUAGAUGUUUCUAGAACGUCUAACUAACAGGUAUAUAAACGGUGCUACAUAGAGUAAGAGACAGAGUGCGAGUUGAGUUGAUACGACGUUUGUAGUUCUUAGUGUGCUUUGUAUUAGAGUAUACAUAUUUCGAAAUUCC